AUGUCCUCCCCUCUCAAACCUCUCACUCUCUGGGGCCACAAAACCGGCCCCAACUCCUGGAAAGUCGCCCUCAUCCUCUCCGAACUAAACGUGCCGUACGAGCAUAAGUUCCUCGAAUUGGCGGAGAUGAAAGAAGAAGCCUAUGAAUCCCUGAAUCCGAAUGGCCGGGUGCCGACGGUGGAGGAUCCGAAUUUUGGGGGGAGGGUGGUUUGGGAGAGUGGUGCGUGUAUCGACUACGUCCUCGAGACCUACGAUAAGGAGCAUAAACUCCUUCCGAAAGAUGAGACGACGAAGUGGACCGCUCGCUCAUGGCGAGACUUUCAGAUGUCCGGUAAGUUCGACAGAUAUGUCCCCUCCCCGAAGUCCACCUCCCUCCUCGCCUUCCCCACCGAUCUGAUUUAUAUUCGCAUAGGCCAAGGCCCCUACUUCGGCCAAUACUCCUUCUUCAUCAACUACCACCCGGAGAAACUCCCCUCCGUCAUCAGCCGCUACGAAAACGAAAUCUUGCGGAUCGUGGGUGUGAUGGACAAACAGCUCUCGAAGACAACGUACCUCGCCGGGGAGGCGAUGACGUAUGUAGACUUGAUGUGGUUGCCGUAUUUCAUCGUUGCGUUUCGGGUACCUGAUGUGAAGUGGGAGGAGAGGUUUCCGAGUUGGGGGAGGUGGUGGAGGGGAUUGCAGGGGCGGGAGAAGGUGGAGGGGGUUUGGGGGGAGUGGAUGGGGUUGAGGAGGAGUGUGAUUGGGCGGUGA